AACGAAGGGAGGGUCGACCUCUUCUGUAUAAAUACUGCCCCAUCUGCAUCCAAUAAGAACAGCGAGGACACUCUGAGCAGAAGAAUACCCGAUGGCCAACCACAACAGUUUCAUUGUCGACGUGGACCUGAGAAGCCAUGAAAACAACUUGGCUCACCGCACCAGGGAGAUCGACCGGGAGCGCUUGAUUGUCCGCAGGGGGCAGCCCUUCUCCAUAAGUGUGCAGUGCUUGGACUCUCUGCCUCCCAAACACCAGCUGGAGCUGGUCCUGCAUCUCGGAAAACGAGACGAUGUGGUGAUUAAAGUUCAGAGGGAGCAGGGAGCCAGAGACCGGUGGUGGUUUAACCAGCAGGCGGCUCAGAGUGAAAUCUUGAUGACUCUGCACAGUCCAGCAGACGCCAUCAUCGGACAUUACCGUCUGGCCGUCUUGCUGAUGUCACCGGAUGGCCGCAUCAUGGAGAAAGUGGAUGAAAUCAGCUUCCACUUGCUCUUCAACCCAUGGUGUAAAGAUGAUGCCGUCUACCUGCCUGAUGAACGACUGCUCCAGGAGUACAUCAUGAAUGAAGAUGGCGUCAUAUUCAUGGGAUCCUGGGAUUACAUUAAAAGCAUUCCCUGGAAUUACGGACAGUUUGAGGACUUUGUGAUGGACAUUUGUUUUGAAGUCCUGGACAAUUCCAAAGAGGCUCUGAAGAACUCGAAGAGAGACAUUGAGAGCAGAUCUGAUCCCGUCUACAUCAGCAGAAUGAUCACUGCAAUGGUGAAUGCCAAUGGUGACAGGGGCGUUCUGAUUGGACGGUGGAAGUCACCGUACCUUGAUGGCGUCGCACCAAAUCGAUGGACCGGCAGUGUGCCCAUCCUCAGACAGUGGAGCAAAGCCGGCAUCAGAGCGGUCAAAUAUGGCCAGUGCUGGGUGUUUGCAGGUGUCGCUUGUACAGUUCUUCGCUGUCUGGGAAUCCCAACUCGCCUCAUAACCAACUUCACCUCGGCCCACGAUGUGGAUGGGAACCUCUCCAUAGACUUUGUGGAGGACUUUGAGAGCAGAGAGGAAAGCAAAGACAGCAGCUGGAACUUCCACUGUUGGAUCGAGUCCUGGAUGAGAAGAGAUGAUCUCCCAAAGGGAAACGAUGGCUGGCAGGUUUUGGACCCCACACCUCAGGAGCUCAGUGACGGGGAGUUUUGCUGUGGUCCAUGUCCGGUGUCGGCCAUCAAGGAGGGGAAUCUGGGAGUGAAGUACGAUGCUCCAUUUAUAUUUGCCGAGGUGAACGCUGACAUCAUCCACUGGAGGGUCCUGCCAGGCGGACAGAGGCAGAAGAUCAGUGUGGACCAGAGAACCGUGGGAAGGAACAUCAGCACCAAAAGCAUUUAUGGCGACAUUAGAGAAGAUGUCACUCUGCUCUACAAAUACCCUGAAGGCUCUGCGAAAGAGAGAGAGGUUUAUGAGAAAGCAGGGCGCAGAGUCACCCAGCCAGCCAAUGGGAGCGCAGCAUCGCCACAGCUGAACUUGCUGAUUAAGCAUCCAAGCCCCAUGUUUGGAACAGACUUUGAUGUGAUCGUUGAGGUGAAGAAUGAAGGCUCAGACGACGCUAAUGUUCUGCUGACGGUGCGCGCCGUGGCUGUCACCUACAACUCUCUCCACCAGGGGGAGUGCCAGAGGCAGAUGAACAACGUGACAGUGGCGGCUCGGAGCGCUCAUAAAGAGGUGCUGCGUUUCCGCUAUGAGGACUACGCCAAGUGUGUCUCUGAGCACCACCUGAUCAGGGUGAAGGCCCUCGCUGAAGCUCGUGGGGACAGUGUGCCCAUCAUGGCUGUGGCGGACAUCCCGCUGAGCAUGCCUGAGCUCCAGGUUCAGGUUCUUGGAAAGGCUUUUGUCUGGGAGCAGUUGACGGCGUAUGUCUCCUUCACCAAUCCUCUGCCGGUGCCGCUGACUGGUGGUGUGUUCACCCUGGAGGGGGCCGGCCUGCUGUCGGACACUCAGAUCUUUGUGGACGGUGUAAUUUCUCCUGGUCAGAAGGUUUCAGUGAAGAUCUCCUUCAUACCGAUGAGGACCGGGAUCAGGAAGCUCCUGGUGGACUUCGACUCUGACAGGCUGAAGGAUGUCAAGGGAGUCGCCACCGUGGUUGUCAAUAAGAGAUAUAGGAAAAUGACCUCCCUCUUAAGUGACAAUUUUUAGGAAACCAGAAGAUCUUGUACUGGGAGAACCAGUUGCAGUUCAAGAGUCUUGUUCACCGCAGCAGAGCGUGACCUAGUGAAACAACCCAUAAAGAUUUUACCAUAGAACAUUUAAUACCCAUACCUGAUUUGUACUUGGACUGCUUGCUCUAGAUCAGGGGUUCCCAAAGAUGAUUUCAUACUGGUGUGCUAAAUAGAUUUUGUAUUUCUUUAUUUGUGAAAUCGGUACCAAAGUUAUACUUUUGUAUACAAAGUUAUACUUUGUGCUCAACAGUCCUCAUUUUAAACCAGGAGGAAAGCUGCACUUUUUGUAAGAGUUCUUCUAUGAUCACAACUUUAUUCUCGUGGUUUUUAAACAUUAUUCGCAGGGUCACAGGCUGGAAAUUUUGGGAAGCCCUGCUCUAGAUGUAUGCAUGAGCAAUCAAGUCAUAAUUCUGACUUUAAAAUAUAUAACAUGGCUGACAUACACAUAAAGCACAUGAGGUCACUGUAAUAAAACUGUUUAUAUUCACUUUAUAUGUUUUUUAUUAUAUGGUUUUUAUCCACUUUUAUCAGUCAUGUAAUUAGAACUGUACAAUAUAUAUAUGUGAAUGUAUUCUUUUAGUGUUUGGAUGCGUAGAGAAAUACAUUGCUACUGGUUUGUUUCUCUAAAAGGAGUUAGCCACUUUGAGCAAAUCCAGCUGGUUUUCUUACUUUAACUACAACACUGUGAACACAGGCGCAGAAUUAGUGUGCCCUACAGCCAAAGUAAACCCUACAUAGAUCUUUUGUAUAUUUUAGGGUGUUAAUGUAUAAAUGCUGCCUUACCAACUUCAGCUGCACAACAAUUCCACACAAAUAUUCUGCUGUACAAGAAAUUAUUAAACAAAGGUGGAAAAGUGUCUGAAAUGUUAAAUUCCAAACAACCUGGGCAAGUUCAAAAUACUUAAAACUCAUGCCUUUAAAGGGGUGUGCUUUAUUUUUAUAAAAGGUAUGUACAGUCAUGUUCAAUAAAUGAAAAUAUAAUUUCAAAGUUCAUUUAUUUUAGCAACUCAGUUCACAAGGGUGAUUUAGAUGAACUACACGGCACACAGACGGAUGUUUUAAAGCCGUUGUUUCAGUUAAUCAUAAUGAUUUACUGCGUACAGCUUAUGAUAACGUUUAAAAUUAGAAUAUUACAUUACAGACCAAUUAAACAGUAUUUUCAAAUGAAAUGUGGGAUUACUGUGAAGCAUUUAGUACUUGCUUAAAGAUGGUUGUUUUAAAAGGUAUUUUUAUUCUGAAAAACGAACUCUACUGGAGCACAGAGUAAAUUUUGUACUGUAUUUUGACUGUAAAGGCACUAAAGGACACAUUAAAUUGAGUGAAUUCACACAUUAUUUUAUCAGUUUUUUUCCCGUAAGGUCUAUAUGUGUAUUAAUAAACCUUUUGUCAUCACUGGUCA